AUGUCUAUUAUUCUCGAGCCCCCCGAGUUGGGAUUCAAGCGCCCCUUCGAUCGUGAGGUGUGCCAGAUCUUGCAUUUGAAGAAUGAUAACGCUGAGCCCGUGGUCUUCAAGGUCAAAACGACUGCCCCUAAACAUUAUUGUGUUCGUCCGAACUCGGGCCGGAUAGACCCUGGAAAGAAUGUCGACGUUCAAGUCCUUCUCCAGGCCAUGAAGGAAGAACCUGCAGAUGAUGCCAAGUGCAAGGACAAGUUCCUAGUCCAGACUGUUGCCGUCACUCGCGAUAUGGAGUUCGCCAAUGUUACUUCGAUUUUCGAGAAAUCUUCCAAGGCUUCGCUUCAAGAACGCAAGAUCCGUGUGAACUGGCUGCCUGCAGAUGAUUCCUCAGCUGCCGAACAAGUCACCGAAACGAAUGGCACUAUGCCGGAAGAAGAACCCCCAGCCUACACCUCUCCUAAUGCGAACUUCCAGACACCUGCUGCAGCAGUUGCUAAAAGCGCUAACGACACGUCACCGAUCCCACCGCCAGAUUUCAGCGAUAAGCCCAAGCGGGAAGUGUCGACCCCACAAGCGAUUACUGAGAGCCCAGCCACGUCUACAAAGUCGGCCAUGAUGGGCGGGGCAGCAAGUUCAAGCGAUGACCUGAAAGCCCAAUUGUCCGAGGCUAAUGCUCAGAUUUUGGCGCUGAAGGAGAAGUUGGCAGAUCAGGGCCUGAGGCAGCGGAAGAUCGGAGGUGAAACCGAAAAGGCGCCGGCGCCAUUGGUGCAGCAACAGCCGCAAUCUGCCGAGGCAGGCGUGCCAGUGCAGAUGGUCGCUGGCUUGUGCCUCCUCAGCUUCCUGAUCGCAUACUUCUUCUUUUAA